CAAUAUGGCGGCGCUCCCACAAUGCGAGAAGGCGGGAAACCCUCCCGUCCGGCGUCGCCCCUUUAAGAAAGGCGAGUUAGCCAAUCAGAGGCGGGAAGAGGGCGGGACUAGGGCGCUCGACAAAUCAGAGCGCGACAGCGGGGCGGAGCGAAAUAGAUGGGCGAAUCAGAGAGCGAGAGAAAGGCGGAGCGACAGCGGCUCCGCCAAUCAGAGCCGAGAGGGCGGCAGAGCGGGCGGUGCGGCCGCGGUGCCUCAGAGUCGCGGCCUGCUCCCGCUCCCGGUCCCGCUGCCGGCGCCGCCGCCGCCAUGAACAUCCUUCCGAAGAAGUCGUGGCACGUGCGGAACAAGGACAGUGCGCGGGUGCGGCGGGACGAGGCGGCGGCCGAGGUGGAGCGGAGGAAACGGGAGGCGCGCGCGCGCUGCGGGCGGAGCAGGAGGCGAGUGCGCACCGAGCUCCUGCGGAAGCGGGCGCGGGUCGGGGGUCGCAGCCCCUCGCCCCCGGCCCCCCCCGUGCUGUUCCCGCCGCCCGAGGAGGCCCCGAACCGCGAGCACGAGGCGGAAAAACGGCGGGAACAGGAACGCCGCGAGCGGGCCCUGGGGGUCCUGACCUACCUGGGCCAGAGCGCGGCCGAGGCGCAGACCUGCCCCCCCUGGUACCUGCAGCCCCCCAGAAAAGCUGGGGAGGGGUCCCGGGAGGUGCAGGGGGGGCGCAAGGCCGUGCUGGACCCUCUCCAGGACAUGAGGAAGGGGCUGCACCGAGCCCCCAGCCCCAAAAAAUCCCCCCAGCCUCGGCCACGGAGCCCCCCCAGAGCCCCCCCUGAGAGGGGCGGGGCAGGAGGAGGGCUGGCGGAGUUGCGGCGGCAGCGCCUGGCGCGGGAGGCGGCCGAGGCCGCGCGGAGCCGGGAGCUGCUGGGGGGGCUCCGGGACCCCCCCGGGACCCCCCAAAACCGCCGGGACCCCCGGGAGCCCCCAGAGCCCCGGGAGCCCGAGCGGGGGCGCUACAACAGCCAGUUCCACCCGGCGCUGGCGCGGGGGGGGAGCAAGCGCAGCUGAGAGACAAAUCCAGCUGAAACCGCCCCAAAAUUCACCUGGAACCCUCCCGAAAUCUGCAAUGGACUGUUCCACCCUGCGCUGGCGCAGAGCAAGCGCAGCUGAGCCCCAAAUUCAGCUGAAACCGCCCCAAAAUUCACCUGGAACCCCCCCCGAAAUUCACUUGGAACCCUCCUAAACUGGUAAUGGACAGUUCCACCCGGCGCUGGCGCGGGGUGGGGGAGCAAGCACAGCUGAGAGACAAAUCCAGCUGAAACAGCCCCAAAAUUCACCUGGAACAACCCGAAAUCGGUAAUGGACUGUUCCACCCGGCGCUGGUUCAAAUUUAACUGAGAGCCCCCCAAAAUUCACCUGGAAC